GGCCGGCAACACAGAGUGAAGACGGAAGGGACUACGGGUUAAGCUCAUCAUGCCAGAAUCCAGGGCUAGCAGAGAGAUGGACUGAAGGGCCAGCUUCAUCACAAGCAACUUUCUCAGUGGGUAACAGCAGACUGAGAUAUCACAGCGUCCGACAGUGAAUACAGUGGACCAUCCCUCCCGCUGAGAGAAGAACAUGUCUCGCCAGGUUAAGAAUCACUAACCCACUCAAGCAACAGUGAGGAAGAAUUGUCAGCCUGUUCGAGAAAGAGUGAGGAGUUCAAUCUACUUGCGUGAGUGUGGGUGGGGAAGAGAGUGAGAGAGAGACAGCUCACCACUUGCCUUUGUGAAAAGGACAAGUUGCCAGUGUGUAUAGGCUGAAGAAUUACCAGUCUGCCCAAGGGAUUGUACUGAAACAGUUGGAAACCUGUUGAAGCAAGAGACGACAGCGUGAUAGGUCAAUGGAGGUGAUUGAGAAAUGUCACGAUGCUUGAAAAAGUGUCUGAUGGAAAAACUGAAGCAGAUUAGAGGUUACAGAAAUCUGGGCUGUGGAUCCAUCUGUUUUAAGUGUCAGUUUUGAAUGCACACCAACGUGGAGCAAUUGAACAUGCUGCCUGCUGUGUUGAGGAGAUGGCUGCACAAACCCAAAAGGUCCAACCCACAUCCGUUGGCUCAAUUCUUCUAUGCAGAUAAGGAGGUGACUCAAGUUAUGAUGGAGUUGAAUAAUGUCAAUCUUCACAAUGACCCCCAACAAUACAUGGCACAACUAAAUAAUCUUCGAGCUAGACAGGACCAUAUGCUACAGAUAAUUAACCAGAUCAUGGAUGACUGCAUUCCUAAUGAGCGCCCAAAUCGAGAUUUCCAUGUCAAGUUUCCAGAUGAGAUUUUACAGGAACAUCUAGGAGUACAACUGUGGUUUGCUGCUGAGUGUUUGGUCGCUGGUUCCCUCAUUGAAGUACAUGAAUCCGAAAUGCUUGUAUUGCACCCUCUAGCAGAGGACCUGCUGCGCAGUUUAGAGGAAGUACGCUACCUACUGCGGGAACAGAGUCUUUCUGAUUUCACCGUUUAUACUGAUGACAUCAAAGCAGCCCUUGUUCGGUUUGACAGGCUCUUGGCCGAGUUUGAGUUAAGCUAUGUUGCUGCAGUGGUUCCCAUCAAAUCUCCUGAGGAAUUCUACAGUCAGCAGCAGAUUAUUGUGCUGUUCUGUGAAACAAUAGAUAGGGCAUUGAAACUGGGUUACUUGACACAAGAUAUGAUUGAUGGUUUAGAGCCUGAAUUGAUGUUUACUAUUCCACGGCUUGCUAUCAUUUGUGGGCUGAGGAUCUACCCAGAAGGACCCCUCAACCUACAGCAGGAUCCCAACGAUAUGUCCAUGCUUUUUAAACCGUUCUACACCCUUCUGCAAAAAAUAAGAGACUUGCUUUAUGUCCUCACAGAAGAAGAACUCUCUUUCUUAGAGAAGAGCCUUUGUGCUGUAGAAGCUGAGGAUUUCUUCAGUACCAGUUCAGUGCUGCCCAGCCUUUCAUCCCUUCAUAACAGCAGGGAUCAUGAAGGGCUUGGUGAAUCAACACAUACCAAUGAGGUUUCAUCUAUUCCACAAGAUUCAGAAGAACUUGCCCAGUUGAAGUUAAUUGUCCACCGAGCACCCAAUGAAAUGUAUUCCCAUCAUUCCAACUCCAAUAUGGCCAAUUUAUUCAAGCAACCUCCAAAUGAAAUAAUACGAUCUUUGGAAGCUUCUAAUCUUCAACUCAGGACAGAAAACGAAUUGUGGGGACAAGAGUUUGGACGAGGCACCACUGACAGCAGACUGGAGAACACACCGAAUCAAAAUGCAACAAUCCUGGACUGCAGCCCCGAGUCGUCAUUAUCUGCUUCUGCUGAUGGUUUAACUCAUUCCAAUGUCAUUCGGCACUUUAGCGUGGCAGAAAAUAGCUUUGCUUCUGAAAGUGACCAUCCACAAUUAGCAAGGCUUGAAGCAACAGGAACAUCUACAUUUUAUGUCGCCCAAACUCACCAUUUUACUGAUUCUCCAGAUACAAGCUCUGUGCCAAUUACUUCUGAGCAGUACAAUGUUGCCCGUUCAGUAAGUGCUUUUACUUCUGGUCAGGACACUAUGAAACAAAAAUCUGGAGCUUCAUCUGUUCUAAGCACAUAUUCCAGAAGAGAGCAUAUGGAAAGGAUUGAGGAACAAAAUGAAAUGAUAAACACCAGUCACGACAAGACAAAGCAGUACAGUUAUAAUGGAAAAACCCCAAGUACUCCAACGGUGCCUGAAGAUUCACACUUGAGUAACUUAAGCGCAUUAGAGCGAGAGAGUGGAUCUCGAGUUGUGGAUCAUGAAGCAGUGAAGCAGGCAGUGAGAGCGACUGUCAGGGAGGAACUCCAAUCAAGGUAUCGCAGCCGCAGUGACAUGCUUCAUCGGCUCUUCGUUUGUAUCUCCGGUGUAGCAGACCAACUUCAGACCAACUUUGCAGGAGACUUGCGGCAGAUUUUAAAGACUGUCUUUGAGAUUGCAACAUCAACACCAGAAAAGAAUACGGAUGUUCCAGAAGAGGAAACAGCGCCCCCAGAGUGGAUUGCAGAUUCUGCCUGCAACCAAUGCAUGUCCUGUAGAGCACCAUUUACAAUUGUCCGAAGGCGACAUCACUGCAGGAAUUGUGGAAAGAUCUUCUGUUCCCACUGUUCUUCCCAGUCAGCACCAUUGCCUUGGUAUGGGCACAUGAAACCAGUCCGUGUCUGCACACACUGUUACACAUUUCACCUCAGUCCCUGCUACUCCAGUACAUCAACAUGUUAACCUGAAACUCAAGACGAGUGAGUCUCCACAGACUUGCAGGGUGAAAAGAAGUGGAACAAGCCAAUGGUAAUGAUUGAUGCUGGGGAUUUGAUUCUUGUGAAUAGAGGAUAACCAUCUUCAAAUUACCAUGACCACACAAAAUCCAAAAGUCCUUAGUCCAGCUUUGUAGUCUCACUUCAACAUAUUAACUCUGAUACCAAUGCAAAUCUAUAAAGAACAACUGUUUAUUGUGCAUUAUUUAUGCAGCACUAUCUGAUAUCAAAGAUGUGCUUACUAACUCACUUUAUUUUAAUAGCUGCAUCUUUUGAUUCCUUCAGAUUGGAUAAAGGUAAUCAGCAGCAUAUUUGUAUGGUUUUAUAGUAGGGGUUAUCAGAUUCUAAAUUUUGUAACUUUUUUCAUCAAUGGAAUUUGCUUCUAUAAAUUGCUCAUGGGCUAUAGGAAAUGGAAAUCAAUGCAAUAUGGGGAAUAGUAUCAAAUCUGAGAAAUAGGGGUAAAAAUGUAGGUUCCUGGGCACAAUUGGUCCUUUUAUGCUGCAGCCAGCAGUUUUGAUGGAUAUUCAGUGAUCCAGCUGGAAAGACCAGCUUAUUAUCCUUCUACUGAAGCAGCCUGGACUAUUAAUGCUAAUGCAGUUUACCAGAGUUUACGUUCUACAAAAGCUGACACUUGUAGAACACAGAAAUUUUGAUGCUUUCCAAAAAAAAAACUUGUGUGCAACAUUUUUGGAUUAAUAUCAUGGAACAAAAAUUAAGUAUGAUGUCUAGACAAAUGGGUUUUGGUCCCAAUGUAUUAGUUAUAAUGGCAGGAAGUAGUGUCAAAGUUAAUGUUGGUAAUUGACACAAUUGCACAAAGUUGCAGCUCUUAUGGUAUUUCAUAAAUUUCAGUAACCUCAUCUCUGAAGUUAAUGGAAUGCUAAAUUUUGACACGUAGCAGCUGAUCACUGAAGUCAGAAGGAAGAGGUUGAGGGUUUGAACUCGUUUUGGUCAUAACUUCACUUGGAGUUGGCUAGCAUAUAGUUUAGGAAAUAUGGUAACUUUUUUGUACGUAUCACGAAAUGUAUUGGUUUCCAAUAAAAUACCCAUAACUAGCUCAGGAAUUUCAGCCUCAGUUGAAAUCAUUCAUCACUUUGUCAAGUCUACCCUCUUCAAUAUUUUAAUUGAUAAAGUGAGGAAUCAAAUAUACAAUCUAUUUAUAAUGAUUAGAUGCAAACAUCACAUCAAAAGAUCUUGGGAAAUUUAUUAUAAUGGUUUAUGGACUAGUUAGCAGCAUGUUUUGAAAGUUUGCCCAUUUUCCAAAGUGAAAUAGAGACUGAAUCUGACUCAAACUUUAAGUUUAGCAAUCAGUACUGAACACAUUGCUGAAUAACAUUUUUCUUAGCUCAAUCUUCAAUGAUGUUUCAGAUCAUUGACUCAUCUAAUAUUUAUGUAUGCUGCAAUUACACUAGAAUUAUAUUUGCUGCACACAUAUUUCCAGUGAAGUUCAGAUUGCAGUUUUUGUUUGGUACUCCGUCAUGUACUCUCAUCCUUGUAUUUUACAGAAAAAAUGCACUUUAAUACAAAUUAUAACUUGUCUUGCAGAUAUCCAUUUUAAUUAAAGUCCAUGAAAAUUCUGCAUAUAAAACCUUUGGAACAAUCACUCUGGAGUCCUUCAGAUAAUGAAAACUUAGUAAAUUGCAAUCAAGUGUUUUCACAAAACAAAUUAAUUUUCAAGAUGUGAUUGGUUUGUAAUCUUCAGUUUUUUUCAUCUUUUUGAAGUCAAACACAUUAAUUCCCCAUUCUCUCGUCUAGAUUUCUUUUUUUGGUAAAAUUGGAACAGGUCUUGGAUUGAAAUAAUGUCAAGUUUUAUAACCUUUGAAAAGAUUUUGUGGAAGGUAAUGCUAUUUGCUAUCAUCUUCUGAAAAAUGCCAGCUCUGAUAUAGUGUAAUCUGGUUGUUAAGGGAACACCCUAUUGUUUACCUCCCUUUGAUUGUCAUCUCCAAACUAAAGUCCAAUAUUUGUAGUUAAAUUUGUUGAUCAUCUUCUGAAUAAUUACCAAGUUAUACUGUUACAAGUCUCCAACGCACAAUAAACUGAACAGGUUACAAGAGACUGUAUCAAUUCCAUUUGAAUUUUAAAUCCAGGAAUGUUUUUCUCUGUUUCAAGUCAACUUGAUUUAUGAAGGUAGUCACUUCUAGAAUAAACUCUCCGCUCCUUCAACAUGUGAUAAAGUAUUUGUUAUAAGUGCUCACGUAUUUGGGGAAUAACCAGUACUUAGAGAGAAGGAAAAAAUCGUUCAUGACGUUUCUUCUGCAAAUGUCCCUUCCUCUUCAUCCAUUGAUUAGUAUUAACUCUUCCACCAACCCAAAAUUCACUGAUUAUUUCAAAGGAGUAUUAAAUUCCCUCCCUUAAAAAAUUAAACAUGUACAAAUGUGUACAGCAUGUAUCUCAUUACACAAAUCUGAAUAACAUAUUUGUGUUUCAGUGAUCCAAAGGGGGAAACCAUCCAGUGUUUCUAUAGGCUGAGAAAUAAUAAAUUUUCAGAAGGUAAACUGUGUUGACUGGCACUGUAACUGAAACCUGUACCUAGAAUUCAAGAAAUUGAACAUAUCAAUUGAUUGACUAUCUUAACAUUUAAUUCUGUUCACUUUAAAAAAAAAAAAUUAAGCUUGACAUUUGCCUCAAACAUUUUUUUUGUAGUAACUGCAACUCAAAUGAAUCAGUGGUUUAAAAUAAAAAUGCAAACUGAACUUCAGGAUGCUUUUUUUUUCAUUUUAACUUGUAAAUUCUGUACUUGAUGCUAUUAAUUUGUUGAAUUUGACAGAGACAGUAAGUGAUUGUAGGACG